ACCGGGGCCUCCCCACGACCCCACCCCAGCGCGCAGCCGUUUUGCGCGGCACGGGGGCGGGCGCUCCCUUCGCCACUCCGCCUUCCGGAGUUCGGGGCGCCAAUCGGCCGGCCGGGAAGCUUCGGGCUCUAGGACCUGGCUGAGGCCGCCCGCGGCUGGAGCGUGGGCGGGGGAUCGAGGCGGCGGCGGCAGCUUCUUCCCUCUCGCCGCCUGCGGGCCGUCGCCGAGCUUUGCGCGCUGGAAGGAAGGCAGGCAGGAGGCGAGGGGCGCUGGGGCGAUGUCCGUCGGGCAGAUCUCUUGUUACACUCCGGCAUUUGGAAGGAGCCCUGAUGGUUGCCAAGCUUGGACGCUCCCCCUGAUCGAUGGGCGCUGUGUUCUAAAUUGCCCCUGUUGCUGAAUCCACGUAGCGCGCGAUGGCCCACUCCAGGUCAAACGGUUCACACUACGCCUUGACAGCCAUCGGGCUGGGGAUGCUCGUCCUGGGGGUGAUCAUGGCGGUCUGGAACUUGUUCCCAGGCCUUGGGCAAGGUGGGAAGCCCCAGUCGGGAAACAGCAAUAAGACGGAGCCAGGAGGAGGAGGAAUCCUGAAAAGCAAGACGUUUUCCGUGGCUUACGUGCUGAUUGGAGCCGGAGUGUUGCUCUUGAUGUUUUCGGUUUGUUUGAGCAUCCGGGACCGAAAGAGGCAAAACCAAAGCCAGUGCACCCCGAGGAUCCAUCAGCAAACAUCGAUGGAGCGUCAGCAGCAGGAAGACAGUCAAGACGAGGAUGAGGAAACACCUUCCCGCUAUUACGUGCCCAGCUACGAAGAGGUCAUGAACACAGACUAUCCAGACUUGAGAGAAGUGGACCGGAGCACGCGAAUCAGUGUCUCCCUUCCCUCUUAUGAGUCUUUAACUGGGAUAGACGAAAACACACCAACCCGACCCGCCGCUUCAGCCGAAGCAGGUCCCAACACGGAACACCAGCCGAGCAGACGGAGUUCCCGCCUGAGCAAAAAACUCCGGCCCUUGAGAGUCCGGAGAAUCAAGUCUGAGAAGCUGCACCUCAAAGACAUCCGUAUAAACGUGCCUGACGGAAACAGUUCGAGCCGUGUAACGAUAGAGCCUCUGACUCCACCACCGCAGUAUGAAGAGAUUUCUCAGAAACUUCCAGAGACCAGGGAAGAGACAUAAGUCAGCCCAGCAGACUGGUUUUUAAAUAUGUCUAAAACACUAUUGUGUACUUGGUUGCGGAGGGUGGUUUCAUGACUGUCAAGGCUUCUCAGAGGAGAUGUCAUGGACCUUGACCUUGUUCCCUGAGGAGAACAAGUCCUAUUUCCUGUGGAGGUGGUCAGACUGUAGGGCCCGUGUCACUUCAGAGCACUUAGAAUGAUUGAAUUUUCUUCUGUAUAAAACUGUUCUGUGCAUGUACAAAGGAAACAUUAGGGUGAAGUUUCCUGUAGCUGAAUUCCUGAUUUUGGUACAACCCAAACUCAUGUUUACUUCCUUAGCCGCACCAAAAUCCAAAUUUUGGGGCAUGUCCUGAGAAACUCCUGCCUUCUCUGCCCCAUUUCUAUCUCAAACAGCUUAUGGGAGUUGUACAUUGUGGCUGAGAGCUGUCAUCUGGUGGGUUUCAAAUCUCAAACUCACUAACGAAGUGCUCACCCUUCCAGCCUCUUUGCAUUAUGAGGAUAAUGGCACCAGCCUACCUUACAGGGUUGUUGUAAGGAUAACUGAUAAUUUAUGUGAAAUGCUUUGAAUGCGGGAAGCAGUAUCCCAAUGCCGCUGCGCAGUUGAGACCUCUCUUUGUAUGGGCAGGUGUAUUUCGUUAUAGAGGUCUUCGCCUGAAAUGGUACAACCCAAACUCACGUUUCCUUCCUUAAUGAGAACUAGAGCCCUGAAUGAAUCAUGCCAUGUUUUGUGUAAUUAAAUUUAGGAAGGCA